AUGUUUCGCGAUUUCUUGCGCGAGGUGCAACCGCGAUACACGUCGGAAACGUACAAUUUAUUGAGACACAACUGCAACAACUUUACCUCGGAGGCGGCGAUGUUUCUCGUCGGUAAAGACAUUCCGCAGCAGAUUCUGGAUUUACCGGACGUGUUCUUGUCGACGGAAAUCGGUCAAGCGUUGGGACCGAUGUUGGGAAUGUUUGAACAGCGCAUGCGGCACACUUCGGGGACGAGCGCGCUCGGAGAAUGUUUGGCGCCGGGCGCCGUCGAAGACGCCGUGCCGAAGAAAAUCGCCGGACUGCCGGAUUUGGGCGCCAAGCCUCGCAAACAGAAAGCCACCGCGAACAGCGCGUCGGCGUCGUCGGAAGACAUAGCUAAGAUGGUGCGAUCGAUUUCGCAAACGUUUGGCGAACUGAAAGACUCGGGCGCGUCGACUCAACAAGCGACCGCCGCCGCGCUGCUCGCAGCGAAGGACGAGCUCGCGGCGAAGAGCGAGUUAUGA